AGCUGUUUCCGCUGCCCGGAGUCACGUGCGGGCGGGGUUAAAGCUCGCGGCGGGGCUCGCCGGGGCUGAAGCUCGCGGAGCCCUGAGCGGAGCCGGCCCGGCCAUGUCCGCCGCAGCCCGGGACCCGCCGCUCGCGCAGGAGGACCUUCUCCUGGCAGCAGCUUAUGUUUAUGAUGCUCAAUAUAACAGAAACAUUCCGUUUGAAACCUCACCGCAAGCAGUCAGACUUUACUAUCUCUAUAACCAUUGGACUAUGCAAGCAGCCACCUACUUCUUUAUCUUUGUAGACCUUUUCCUUGCUGUGUUUGAAGAUCCUGCUGUGUACCCACUCCCUUUCUUGGCCACUUCCCUGGUCGAGGUAUUGUGCCUUUUGGUGUUCUUCGGGCGACUGGUGCAUUUUGCCAAAGUCACCCCUCGCAAUGUGUUUUGGAAGGAUACAAAGAAUAUCUGCAUCAUGAUAGCGAUAUUGGUGACCUUAAUUGACCUGAUUAUCUUUGGGGCACUUAAAAUCUCGAACAUAAACAGCAUUAGAUGGUCAAGGUUUCUGAGACCCAUUUUCUUAAUAAACUUUGCAGAAAGUCGCCAGAUCCGGAGGGUGUUCCGCAGUAUACGAAACACACUGCCAGAGAUCACGUACGUCUUCCUGCUCUUCAUGUUCAGCGUCCUCAUGUUCUCCCUCAUGGCUCUGAAGCUGUUCGGUGACAGGAAUCUCCGGACAGUGGAAGGAUCUCCAUAUUUUACAAACUACCUAGAAAUCGUAUUUGAUCUGUAUGUGCUGGUGACGACAGCCAACAGCCCUGACGUCAUGAUGCCAGCCUUUGACUUCAGUUGGUGGUAUUCCCUGUUCUUCAUAACCUAUGUAGUAAUCAACACCUACCUCUUCAUGUCUGUCUUCCUGGCUGUGGUGUACAAUAAUUACAGGAAACAUUUAAAGAAUGAGAUCCGCAAACUUGCGUACAUGAAGCGUCACAAGAUGGUUGAAGCCUUCAACAUCCUAAAGGUCAAGGAGGGCACAGAGUCUGUUGUUAAAGAAGCCCUGUGGAAGCAACUCGUCAAACUAGUGGCCCCAGAUAUCAGCACUUCCCAUCGAGAGCUCCUGUUGAGAGUAUCCGACGAGGAACAAAAAGGUUAUGUAGACAAAAAAUCUUUUGUGCGUCUGGCAGACCUUCUGAAUAUCCAGGUGAUUGCAAUGAGGAUACAAACCCACCCCCUAGAGCACUGGAUGCCCCACGUGUAUAACUCAGCAGUGAGCCUAUUCAUACGCAGCAUGGUUCAACACAAGGGCUUUGUUUGGACUUAUGAUGUAAUCAUCCUAAUAAAUGCCCUAUUCAUUGCUUUGGAUGAGGAAAACCCAUUGAUUUCCUAUGCAGAGUGGGUUUUCCUUUCUUUAUAUAUCAUCGAGAUCCUCUUGAAAGUGUACACUUAUGAACCCAGGGCAUUCUUUGCAAAGACCCAGUUCUGGAACUGGUUUGAUACCUCCAUCAUUAUUGCUGCUCUAGUAGCUACAAUUCUCAACACUUCACUUAAAUCAGCAAGUCAAUACAACAGCCAGCAAGUGCUGGAUAUUGUCUUCAUACUGAGAGUCCUCCGGCUCAUUAGGAUUGUGGAUAGCAUUCAAAGAUUCCGGGUCAUCAUGAAUACGCUCAUAAACAUUGUGCCGACAAUGCUGACCUUUGGUGGGCUGGCUCUGGUAGUAUACUACAUGUUUGCUAUCAUUGGCAUGGAACUAUUCCAGGGGAAAAUCCAGUUCUUUUCCAGGAAUUCCACUGCCCAUCAUGCCGUGGAGUGCGGAAACCCUGCUUUAAAAGAUUCUCUGUUUGCUCGAGCCAAAUACUGCAAGAACAACUUCAAUGACAUCACAUCUUCAUUUGUUGUUCUGAUGGAGCUAACUGUUGUCAAUCAGUGGCAUGUUCUUGCCAAUGGGUUUGCCCUGGUCACGCACCAGGCUGCCAAGCUAUACUUCAUUGCCUUCCACAUUGUGGUGGUGAUCAUGAUCAUUAAUAUUCUCAUAGCAUUUAUCCUAGAAGCUUUCUUUGUGGAGUACUCACUGGAAAAGAGUGAAGUAGAAACUGCCAUUGAGAGGAAAAUUCAAGAGCUGGGAGUAGGAAUCCAAGAGGAAGAACUAAGUGAUGGCAAACUAAUAGACAACAUGGAAACCAACGAGAAUGACCUUGGAGGGGAAGAAAUAACCAAGAAAAAGUCUAAAGGGCUGAUGUUUAAAAUAGCUUCUAAAAGGUACAGGACAGUUGAUGCUUUGCUUCAGCGUAUGUUUGAGGCAGAGAUAUUACCAGAAGAUGAUGGGCCAUCAGUGGAUGAAAUCUUAAACCUCUCCCCUGCUGAUGUUUACCCAAAGAAUCCCACCUUUGACAGCGCUGCAUAGUGUGGAGAACAGAAGGGAAUAGAAGUGGAAAUACUAGCUCUGUCUAUUAAUUCUUAAGAGAUCUCUGCUCUGAUUCCACUUCAUACAACUUUGGCACUGUCAUCUACAAGAUCUUUAGAGUUUUAGAGCAAGUCUGCACGAUGAUGCUCUUCUGCACAUUGGCCAGGUUAUGUUUAAAGUGGCAGCACCCUGCGUCAGAGUGGUCAGUUUUACCAGGAGUAAAAGUCCACAUGUAAAUCAAAGAAAGUAUUUUCUAAAGGGAAAGCUCACGGAGUUUGUAUCUUAGAUAGCUCAGUAAGAGAUCAUGCUACCUAAAACUAUUGUAGCAUUACAUAUACUAUUUAAAAGUCUGACCUUGUUAAGGAGUAUUUAGCUACUUGUAACUGGAAAUCUUCUAGAACAGUGACUUUUUAGAUGCAUUACCAGUCAAGACUAUAUGGAUAAAUGUGUAAGCUAAAAUUAAAAAUGAUACAAAAGCCAUUUUGCAGUUUGGCACAAAGCUGCUCCUUAGUGUGCUAUUUCACUAGCCCUUGCCAUGACAUGCUUUCAAAGGGUUAAUUAACCAUGGCAGCUAAGUGGGGGGUGGGCAGAGGUUGGCCAGUACCUUAACCUUUCUCAGCUGCUAAUAUUCCACAGCUGUGGGCAAAUCCAAAUAGCUUGAAAUAGUGUUCUUCAGAGGAGUGUGUGCAGAUGAGCCUCACUUGUUUUCUAGAGUCUCUGCUUUCAUCAAAAAAGUUCUGGUUGCAAAGAAAGACAUGUCAUGGUCUUCAGACUUAACUGAUGCAGAGAUGUCUGCCUGAGUUUGCAAAGAACCUCAAACCAUUGCUCACUAAAGCAUGUGAGGAAGUAUCCUGCUGUAAAGAACCACCCAAUCUACUCUGAGUAAGCAAGCACUCACUUGGGAUAAGCCUGUAUCAACGCAGUGUUGUGAGAAGGAAGGUGUAGUUGGUUUCACUUUCAUAGAGGGGCCACACA